CACUGAAAUAUGAAAGGUUUAGUUUGGUGAAAGAAGAAGAGCUGCUGUUGCUGCUGCUGCUGGAAGAGUUCAUUUGUAGAAGAGCUAGCUUGUGCGUGUAUAGGUGGAGCGUGGGUUAUAUGCGAGAUAAAGAGAGAAAGAGAGAGAGAGAGAGAGAGGGGUUAUCGAACGCUGCUGAGUUUUAAGCCAUUUUUUCUUUUCAUUCCUUACCCAAAUCAACCCCCUGCCCCGAACCCGCCUUCCCGCCUCUCCGCUCCCAUUUAUUUCGAUAAACUUUCUUUUCUAAUCGUAUCCAUCUUUAUCCGACGAUCACCGGUCUUUAACUUAAACAUUACCGUGUGAUAACAAAAGGAUGCUUUUCCGUGAGGGUUGAACCGUGGCAGAAAGCGUCGAGGAACAUGAAGAACAUAGUGGAGUGUGCGUGAACCGAGAGACAAAAGAAAGCUGGGUAAAAGUGUUUUUACGGGGCAAAAGUAGCCCGGCGAGCGAGCGGGCUCCGGGACUCGAGCAACAGGAAAGCACAAGCCCGAUGCCGGAAGCUUCGGGAUCGCGGGUGGUCGACGAGUCGGAUUUUUCGACCUUCGAAAAUAAAACGGGUCUCGCCGAAGACAUGAAGUUCCUGGCAAGCAUGCCAGAACUUUGCGAUGUCACUUUUCUCGUCGGUGACACCAAAGAGCCUGUUUGCGCCGUCAAAGCUGUUCUCGCUGCUAGGAGCAAAGUAUUUUAUAAACUAUUAUACCAAGCGCCGAGUCCGCAACGAAAAAAAGAACCGCCAACGAGAGAAAACAAGAUAAAACUAUUUUUAAAGAGAAGCUCUGAACCUCUGUUAAAUUUACAAAACGCGGCACAGCAGCGAUCAGGGUUUACGCAGCAGCUGGCACCUAUACAAGAGCCGCAAUCGAAUCAACAUCAUACUCUCACCAUUGAGGAGUUCGAGCCGGAUGUUUUUCGUCAACUCAUCGAGUAUAUUCAUACCGGUUGCGUCACUCUACAACCAAGAACCUUGUUAGGUGUUAUGAAUGCCGCUGAUUAUUAUGGAUUGGAUGAACUUAGAAAAGCCUGUGCUGGAUUCGUUCAAUGUUGCAUAACCGUCGAUACUGUUUGUGCAUUAUUAGCAUCGGCUGAACGUUAUAUACAAUACAAAUGCACCAAAUCUUUGGUUCAAAAGGUAUUAGAGUUCGUAGACGAACAUGGCAACGAAGUGUUAAAUUUAGGAUCUUUUACUUUACUGCCUCAACACGUAGUUCGUUUGAUCUUAGCAAGAGAAGAAUUACGUGCUGACGAAUUUACCAAAUUUCAAGCAGCCUUGAUGUGGAGCAAGAAAUAUUACGACAGUAAUCAAGAUAUUCCAUUGAAGGAUAUAAUCGGAAAUUUCCUUGAAUAUAUUCAAUUCCACAAGAUUCCAACAAACGCUUUGGUCAACGAGGUUCAUCCAUUAGGGUUGGUACCUGACAGUAUCAUUAUGAAUGCUUUAGCAUAUCAGACCCAACCAGUGUCGAGCCCGGGAAACUCUCCCCCCCUAAAGUGAGAAAACAAGGCCGUAGUAUGUCGGUCCAAUCUUCGUUGGAACCAUAUGGUAGCAAUACAACUUUGAGCUCGAGCGGUUCUGACACUGGUUUCGAGCGUAAACAGCACUCUGGUAGCAACUAACCUCAGGCCACGGCCGCACUGACAGCGGCCGUUUCGGAUGAGCCUCGACGCGAGGAUAUAAUCACCAAUGGCGAGAAGGAAAGAGGUUUCUACGAGCAACAAAGAAACGGUGAUGCUGCUCCGACCGAUGCUGAGAUUGAACAAUGGGAGAGGAAGAAAUUACAACGAGAAGAACAACAACGGCACCAGCAACAGCAGGAAGAGGAACAACAAAGACGAAAAGAAGAACAGCAACGAGAAGAAGAUGAACAACAGCAACAACAAGAACAACAGUUCCGAUUAAAGGAAGAAAAAGAAAAGGUAGAACAACAGCAAUUCGAGGAGCAAGAAAGACAAAUACAACAGCAACAGCAACAAGAAGAGCAAAAACAAGAUCAAGAAAAACAGCAGCAACAACAACAACAGCAACAAAAUGUCAACCCGGUGGAAGGAGUACAUGGUGGUCUCUACAUACGAUUAGUUCUCAGACGAGAAGGCCGGACGGACUUGGUUUGGCUAUAUAAAACGCACAUGUUCUAAAUUCAAAUCUUAGAUCUGAUAUUCUCUCCUAUCUGAUAUUCAUUUUCAGACGUUGUUUGUAGUUUAGAGGCAUUGUAAAUCGAGUUGGAUAGAGUUUAAACGAAAUGGUUAUAGUCAUUGCUUUGUCGUCUUUGUUUUUUUUUUAUUAUUUCAUUUUGUAAUAUCAUCGUUUCGUAUAUUUUCGUUUUAUCGAUCGAUAAAUGUUCUUUUGAUAGUGUUAAGAAAUUUUAUAAAUAGAUAUAUAUAUAUACAUACAUACAUAGAGAUUACACACACGACACAUAUAUUACACGCAGGCAGCACGUGCGAAAAGGAAAAGAUGAUUAAUAGAUACAAAUGUUUAACAUACGUUGCCGCGUUUGGAUUUGUUGAAAUUUUAAAUUAGACGGUUUUUUCCCCUGAAUUAACCGUGUGGUUAUAUCAUACAUAAAAUACAUAUUACAUACAUAUAUAUCAUCGUAAUUGUGCACCCAAUUAAGAAGGCUUAUAAUUGGAACGCUUCCUUCGAAUUCGAUUUUGUGAUACAUACUCGAUUGCUUUAACGAAGCACGAUAAGCACAAUUACGCGCCUUAUCAGAGGAAAACUAAUAGAAAAAAAAGAAUUAAAAAAAAAUCAUUUGAGCAAUGUUAACAUCGAUUGUUAAAUAUGCUGUGUGAACAUAACAUAUUUAAAUAAUACAUAGAUAGAUACCAUAUGUAUGUGCGUUGUCAAAUAUGUAUCAAGAUUACAAAACCUUUGUAGUUUCUCGUUAAUUAUAUCAGCUAAUUUCC